UGUACCAUCAGAAUAUACAUAACAAGGAAAAGAGAAAAAACUCUCCAGUACUAGUACUACUUGCUUUGUAAUUUAAUUUUUAUAUAUUAUGGAGGGUUAUUGCUAAGGUGAAAAACCAAAAGCUAUCAUGGAAUUAUCUCAUUUUACUUCCAUUGGUUUUAUUAAAAGAGACAGAGAGAAAGAGGGAGAAAAAAAAAAAAGAAAAAAAAAAAAGGGAUAUAAAUGUGUUUCUCCAUGUUGGUAGACUAGAGCUAUAUAUUAGAAGCUAGCUUAUAUAAAAGGGGAACAUAGGAUGUUGGUUUUUCCUUCUAUCUUUUGAAGAUCUAAAGUAGAAUUGGAGAGAGAGAGAGAGAGAUCAAAUCAAGGGAAAUAAAUAUUGUAGCACACAUAGCAUAGUGUGAUCGAUCAUGGAAGAACAACUUAGUCCACUAGCCGUGACUCAUCUUCUUCAACACACACUGAGAAGCUUGUGCAUUCACGAAAACUCUCAGUGGGUUUAUGCAGUCUUUUGGAGGAUCCUCCCUAGAAAUUACCCACCACCCAAAUGGGAAGGUCAUGGAGCUUAUGACAGGUCAAGAGGGAACAGAAGAAACUGGAUAUUAGUUUGGGAAGAUGGGUUCUGCAACUUCGCAGCUUCGUCGUCGUCGUCAUCAUCAUCGUCAACAACAACAGGAGGUGGAGGAGGAGGAGGAGGAGGGGGGCCAGAGAUGAACGGCGGAGAUUGUUCAUCAGCUCCAAUAUCGCUUUAUGGCAACCCCUCAUCAUCACCAUGUGAUCAUCAUCAGUUUCAGCACUACCAAGGGCUUCAACCUGAGCUUUUCUUCAAGAUGUCCCAUGAGAUCUACAACUACGGAGAAGGGUUGAUAGGAAAGGUGGCUGCGGAUCAUAGUCAUAAAUGGAUAUACAAGGAACCUAAUGAUCAAGAGAUCAACUUCUUGUCAGCAUGGCACAACUCGGCGGAUUCGCAUCCUAGGACAUGGGAGGCCCAGUUUCAGUCUGGAAUAAAGACCAUAGCCCUGAUAGCAGUGAGAGAAGGAGUUGUUCAGUUAGGAGCCAUCCACAAGGUGAUUGAAGACUUGAGCUAUGUUGUUCUCCUAAGAAAGAAGUUCAGCUACAUAGAGAGCAUCCCGGGAGUGCUGCUUCCCCACCCAUCAUCCUCACCAAUAUUCCCUAAUUUCAAGGUUGAUGCAGGCUAUAAUACAAGUACCCCAGAUGCAUGCGCAUGGCAUUUCCAAGGAUCUCUAAUUGCACCCCAACCUCACGAAUUUUACGAUAAUCAAGAUCAUCAUCGCCACCAAUACAUGAACCAAAUACCACUCAAGGUUACUCCCUCCAUGAGCAGCCUCGAAGCCCUCCUCUCCAAGCUUCCAUCGGUCGUUCCCCCUCCGACACACGAGGCGUUGAUCAUGUCGUCAAUGCCUCAUCAUCACCAUCAGUUUCAAAGGCCUUUGGAGUUCAUGGGAAUGGAGAAAGUAGCCAAGGACGAGAUCGAUAAUGAUGACGAUUGUUAUAGGCCGGAAAAGGUCGAUGCGGCAGGCGGCGAGAGCAGCAGCUCCAUGUCAUUCCGCCGACACAAUAGUUUCCAUCAGCACCACCAGGAUCACAACGUAGCCAGCGCUAGCGGACCUAAUGCCGGAUUCUAAAUUAAUGAUGAGAUAUAGUAGCUUAAUAUUGAUGUAGUAGGGAGUAAAAAUUAAUUAUAUGGAGUCGAGUUUAAUUCUAACGUUGUUAGGGAAGCUUAAUUUCAAUUUAAGCGUGUCGGUUGUCGUAGGGAGUUUGUAGCCAGUCAGGCGUCUGUUGGUGGUUGCAGACGCUUAAUAGUCCUUAUCAUGUGAUCUCCUAUAAAUCAUAAGGAUAUUCUUCUCUUCUUCGUCUUCCUAUGUAUAUGACGUGAUUUGUACUCGGUAUGUUCUGCUAACGAUUAAUUAUUGAGGUGUUAGAGAACAAUGUCUUAGAGAGAGAAAGUGAUAAGUAGUACAA